UUAUUUUUACUCAACAGCACACAAAUGACUUCCCUUUGUAUACAGAAGCUAUCAAGUUUUUCAACCACCCUGAAAGUAUGGUGCGAAUUGCUGUGCGCACACUAACUUUAAACGUGUAUCGUGUCAAUGAUCAGUCCAUGCUUCAGUUUAUAAGGGAUAGAACAGCAGCUCCAUACUUCUCCAAUCUUGUCUGGUUCAUAGGAAACCACAUACUAGAGCUAGAAAAUUGUGUCCGCAGUGAUGUCGACCACAACAGUCGAGGGCGUCUAGCUGACCUGGUAGCAGAACACCUAGACCACCUUCACUAUCUCAAUGAUAUCCUAAGACUGGAUAUUACAGCCUUAAAUGUUGUCUUAGCAGAUCAUUUGCUAAAUCGACUACUUGUACCACUGCUAGUAUAUUCUCUUAAUCCAAGACAGGAAAAGGUAACAUAUUUAGCAACUAUUGCCAUUUAUGAGGAAUAA